AGGGCAGAACCGGUUCGGUGACAUCAUAUUGUCACCGCUACCGGCUCAGCGGAACCAGGCCGAACCGGGAGGAACCCACCACUGAUCUUAACCCUAGAUAGCAUAGAGCAUAAUGGGAUUUUCUUGCUGGGUAACAAUGUGUAAGACUUUGAACAAACUGGAAGCUCAUUUUCCUUCAAUGUAUGACAUAUAUCAGCAGCACCUAGAGGAACACUUAGUUCCAAUAUACAUUGUGAAGAAACAGAAUCCAUCAAUGGAUAUAAUUUGAACAGUGGGGACAUAACACAAAAUUAUACUAUCUUGUUUCAGUAAAGUACUGGCUUCUAUAUUUCUUAUGGUUGUAUCAUGAUAUUAUGUUAUCCUUAUGAAAUAGCCAAGCAUUAAUACUUUUUUCCCCCCCCAGAACCCUGCAAAACUUUUUGUCAGCCUCUACCAAAACAGUGAUCGAAACUAUGCUCCAACUCAAGCCUUUAUCUCUUGUUCUUAUCCUUUUACUUGCACAUAUGAUGACUGAAACUGAAGCCAAAGCCAUCUCAAAGAGGCAUGUUCGUCGCGAUUGGCUGAUUAUUCCUGAUACAAUUGCAUUCAAUAUAUUUUCAUUAAUAAAUGAAGUGUCACCUAAAACAGCUGAGUAUUUGUUUAAUGCUGUCCAAACACCAGUUAUUCUUGAAACAAGGAACUUCCUGAUAAAAGAAACGGCUAAACUCAGUAUGCUGUUUGAACAACUGCAAGACAAAAUAUCUCGAUUAUGGAAAGAAUUGAAAGAAUCAGCACAGUGAUAACACCUACAUGGAUCUGUGAAGUAUAUCCUUGUGUUUUUGUGCAUACAACAGAUCUUUAAAAAAUCAGUACUGCAAAGGGAAAUCUUUGUGAAGGACGCUGGGAAAUAAAUAAGCUACACUCGGCAAGAAUAAAUUAUAAAGCUGCUUUCUUCAUAACAAAUGUUACUUGCUUCUGCUAUUGGAAAUAAUCACAAUAGAACACUUAACUCAUUUCAUUAACACUUGA